UCUGCGUGGCCUCUGGAACGCGCUGACCCGCGGGAGGACCCACCACCUCCUGGCAGAGGAAACCGGCGUUGUUGACACUUCGACUCAGGCAACAAUGGCGGCCGAAGUGAGACAGGAGCUUGCACAGCUGAUGAAUUCAACUGGAUCUCACAAAGAUCUUGCUGCCAAAUACCGACAGAUUUUGGAUAAGGCCAUUCAGUUUACAGAUGCGGAUCAGCUGGAAUCCUUGAAGGCCUUUGUCGAAGCAAUGGUCAAUGAAAACGUCAGUCUUGUCAUCUCGAGGCAGCUGCUCACUGACUUCUGCACACACCUGCCCAACCUGCCAGACGCCACGGCUAAAGCCGUGUACCACUUCACCCUGGAGAAGAUUCAGCCCAGGGUCAUCUCCUUCGAGGAACAGGUAGCUUCAAUCAGGCAGCACUUAGCGACCAUUUACGAAAAGGAGGGCGACUGGAGGAAUGCGGCCCAGGUUUUAGUUGGCAUUCCCUUGGAAACAGGACAGAAGCAAUAUAACGUUGACUAUAAGUUGGACACCUACCUAAAAAUCGCCCGGCUCUACUUAGAGGAUGAUGACCCCGUGCAGGCAGAGGCAUACAUCAACAGAGCCUCUUUGCUUCAGAACGAGUCCUCCAACGAACAGCUGCAGAUCCACUACAAGGUCUGCUAUGCCAGAGUGUUAGAUUUCAGGAGGAAGUUCAUCGAGGCGGCGCAGAGAUACAACGAGCUGUCUUAUAAGUCCAUCGUCCAUGAAACCGAGCGUCUGGAGGCCCUGAAACAUGCCCUGAACUGCACGAUACUGGCCUCCGCAGGGCAGCAGCGCUCCCGCAUGCUGGCCACCCUCUUCAAGGACGAGCGCUGCCAGCAGCUGGCCGCGUACGGCAUCCUGGAGAAGAUGUACCUGGACCGCAUCAUCAGGGGAAACCAGCUGCAGGAGUUCGCCGCCAUGCUGAUGCCCCACCAGAAAGCCACCACAGCAGACGGCUCCAGCAUCCUGGACAGAGCUGUGAUUGAACACAACCUGCUGUCUGCCAGCAAGCUCUACAACAACAUCACCUUUGAGGAACUAGGAGCCCUGUUGGAAAUCCCCCCGGCGAAGGCUGAGAAGAUCGCCUCACAGAUGAUCACCGAGGGACGCAUGAACGGCUUCAUUGACCAGAUCGAUGGCAUCGUUCACUUUGAAACACGCGAAGCCCUUCCAACGUGGGACAAACAGAUCCAGUCUCUGUGUUUUCAAGUCAACAACCUCCUAGAAAAGAUCCGAACGGCUGCUCCGGAGUGGGCGGCGCAAGCUUUGGAGGCCCAGAUGACCCAAUAAAUGAGCUGUUCCCUCAGCUAGUCCUGAAUUUCUGUCUUCCUGCUCAGAAAUGUCCCGACUACAGUAACAGAACCAGAAAUAUGUCCCGUUUGGCUGAAUUUUCAGCACCUGUUUUUUUGUUUGUUUUUUCUUAAAUCUUGCUCCAUUGUGGCAUGGAUAUGAUGACAACAGGGCUGUGAAUGUGGGUAAUUGUGUGACUUCAUUAUGUUUACAUGUUUAACAUUUGGACGGAAUAACUUGACAAGCGAUGAGGUCAAAAUGAAGACACACGACUGGUCCGUUUCAGCUUCUGAGUUGCAACACGUUCACCUGUUUUCGGCUGAGAAACGACACGUUUAUCUGUCCCGUGGUUCUUGAAUGGCAGUCAUGUAAACCUCUAGGUGUGCACAUGAAUUUUCACCGAAGAGAAAUAAAUUUAAAGCUGAGAAGCAACACUGACUUUCAUUCUUUUGUCAUCUGGAACGAGCUGAAUGCAACCUGUCUGCUUCUUCCUUCUUUAUUUCAUGACCUAUAUUGGACGCGCAUUAAAGCCACGUCGGGGAUGUUUGUCAACCCUAAAACUGCUGCUUUUGACUCAGUUUGAGGAAAAUGAAGCUUCGCUGUGGGCUGAGAUACAGAUACAGAUCCGGCUUUGCUCCACACCGCUUUGCUUUAUGGUCGCCUGGCUUUUUUUGGGGGUUGUUCAGCAUGACCGCAAAUGAGUUUGUUGGCUUGUAAAUGUGUGGUUCUCCCAUAGGAACGAGGCUCCAUGACUGGUGUUACACCCCACAGCUGUAGGGGGAGCCAGAGAGCUUGUUUACUCCCACAAAUGGAGCCCAAAGAGAAAAUCAGGUGACUGACCCCUUGCACACUAACCACACAGAGUUCACCUUAAGUUUAAUGGUCCAGUUUGUAAUCUUUAGGCACUCUGUAUGAAACAUAACAAUAAAAGGUUUUGAUUGCUACAGACUA